UUUUAGGAAGAUAUUAAUAAUAAAUAGAAAAAGAAAUAUCUCGGAAACAUCAUAUAGAGAUCAUAACCAGCUUGCAAGCGCCUCUAUAAAUAAACACAAACAACAUAGGUGACGACGGCGAGAAGAAGAAGAAAUAAAAAUACACAUUAGGUCAUCACCAGUAACAAUGGCUAACGUUUUCCUCAACAGUAGCAGAAACAGAAGAUCAUUACGAACAACAACAGAUUCGAAACACAAGAAUCUUACGUUGAAGAGAUCAGAGUCUUCUUCAGACAACAACUACUCAUGCAAGAAACAUCCCAAGCACAGACAAUCUCCUGGAAUAUGUUCCCUCUGUCUUAAUGAGAGCCUCUCCAAGUUGUCUCUCGAUUUCUAUGACUAUAGCUCAAACAUGACCUCGUCUUCUUCAAAAAACGUGGCUAAAACGGUAUCGUCUUGUUCCUCGGCUUCUUCAGAAUCAGAAUCAGACUAUUCUUCGACGGCUAUCUCUUCUUAUUACUCUUCGGUGUCUUCUUGUUUGUCUCCUCUGCAACAUCGAUACAGUGAGAUCGUAGUUAAUAAGAAAAAGAAGAAGCAUCACAAGAAACAAAAUUUCCUCUCUAGAUUAUUUCUGUAAUUAUUAUUUACCAUAUUUUGGUUUAUAUUCUUUUUAUUUGUUUUUAGACUUUGUUUUUCAAUCCCGGAAAUACAGAGUGAUAUUAACAUAUGAAGAUCUCAAUAAACUUUUGACAAAAAUAA